AUGUUAGAGCACAAAUACGGCGGCCACCUCAUCUCCCGCCGCGCUGCCACCAAGAUCCAGACCGCCUUCCGCCAGUACCAGCUCAGCAAGAACUUCGAGAAGAUACGCAACUCCCUGCUGGAGAGUCGCCUGCCGCGGCGCAUCUCCAUGCGCAAGGUGCGCGUGCAGAACGCUGAGGGCUUCUCCGCCGAGCGGGCGCUGGCCGAAGGCUGCAGCCUGGCGGGUAUCCCCCUGGUGCGCUCGCCAUCACUGCCCGCCACAGUGGGCGGCACCCUGACCGACCUGGAGGACUCAUUCACAGAGCAGGUGCAGUCGCUGGCAAAGUCCAUCGACGACGCACUCAGCAACUGGAGCCUGAAGACCAUGUGCUCCCUCCAGGAAGGAGGGGCCUACCAGUUCAGUGCCGAGUCCUUCAGUGCGGCUGGGGGAGGAGGGGAAAUGGGAGGAGGAGGGUUGGACCAGGCUUUUCUCCAGAGCAUGUCAGGUGGGGAGAAUACAGGCGACCUGCCCCGCAGCGCCAGCAAGCUGCUGAUGGCCUUCCGCGACGUGACCGUUCAGAUCGACAAUCAGAACUUCCGCAUGUCCUCCUCCGUCAUGGAGUCAUCGGCCUCUGUCUCCAUGGGCAACUGCGUCCAGCAGCAGCAGGGAGGCGCAGCCACCACCCCCACCAUGCCCACCGCUCCUCCGCCCUCACCCCCUAAAAUACACUCCCCUCCCCCUGAAGAGGUCCCCGCCGAACCCACAGACCCUCCUGUCCCUCCCUACGAGCCCCCUCCGCCCCCGGAACCAGUGGUAGAAGGAGAGGGGCAGGACGCCGACUUCCCUGCGCCCCCGCCCAGUGAAGAGGAGCUAGAGGAGGAGGAGGGCCACGGCUCGGAGACGGCUGAAACCAGUUCCGAGCAGAUAAGCAGCAGCAACAGCACUUCCACGGAGGCGCGCUCGGCAUCGGAGGCCUCAUCCAAGGAGGCCCUGCAGGCCAUGAUCCUCAGCCUGCCGCGCUACCACUGCGAGAACCCGGCCAGCUGCAAGUCGCCCACACUCUCCACCGACGUCAUGCGCAAGCGCCUCUACCGCAUCGGCCUCAACCUUUUCAAUGUUAACCCUGAUAAGGGUCUCCAGUUCCUGAUCUCACGAGGUUUCAUCCCGGACACGCCCAUAGGUGUGGCUCACUUCCUGCUUCAGAGGAAGGGCCUGAGCAGGCAGAUGAUUGGAGAGUUCCUGGGAAACAGCAAGAAGCCCUUCAACAGAGACGUCCUAGAUUGUGUGGUGGAUGAGAUGGAUUUCUCAGGGAUGGAGCUGGACGAGGCUCUGAGGAAGUUCCAGGCUCACAUCAGAGUCCAGGGAGAGGCCCAGAAGGUGGAGAGACUGAUCGAGGCCUUCAGUCAGCGGUACUGCAUGUGUAACCCGGACGUGGUGCAGCAGUUCCACAACCCCGACACCAUCUUCAUCCUGGCCUUUGCUAUCAUCCUCCUCAACACAGACAUGUACUCACCCAACAUCAAGCCUGACCGCAAGAUGAUGCUGGAGGACUUCAUACGCAACCUCCGAGGUGUGGAUGAUGGAGCUGACAUCCCCAGAGACAUGGUGGUGGGCAUCUAUGAGAGGAUCCAACAGAGAGAGCUGCGAUCCAAUGAAGACCACGUCACCUACGUCACCAAGGUGGAGCAGUCCAUUGUGGGCAUGAAGACAGUUCUGUCCGUUCCCCACAGAAGAUUGGUGUGCUGUAGCCGUCUGUUUGAGGUGACGGACGUCAACAAGGCCCAGAAACAGGCAGCCCACCAGAGAGAAGUCUUCCUCUUCAAUGACCUUAUCGUGAUCCUGAAGCUGUGUCCAAAGAAGAAGAGUUCAGCAGCCUACACCUUCUGUAAAGCCCUGGGCCUCCUGGGCAUGCACUUCACACUGUUUGAGAACGAUUACUACCCCCAUGGCAUCACCAUCAUCUCACCCUUUGGCUCAGACAAGAAGCAGGUGCUCAACUUCUGUGCCCAGAGCGCCGAGGAGCUGCUCAAGUUUCUAGAAGAUCUGAAGGAGUCCAUUGCUGAGGUGUCAGAGAUGGAACAGAUACGCAUUGAAUGGGAGUUGGAGAAACAACAGGGCUCGAAGGGAGUGUCAGCUAAGAACAAUGGCACUCUGGAGCUACGCAGCAAACAGGGCUCCCCGUCAGGCAAGCAGGACCUGGAUGAGAACAGUGGACACAAUGCAGUGGAGCCUCCCCCCACCUCUCCCACCUCUACACCAAUGCUUCCAGCACCCAGUCUGAACUGGUCCCCCCAGCAGCAGGGGGCGCACGUGUCAAUUCACAACAGGCUUCAUACGUACCAGCUCAGCAGCAGCGGGAGCUUGCCCCGGAGCCCCGAGAGUGUUGGAGCCCUUCUUAACCACCGGGGGGAGCUCUUGCAGCAGCCGCAGCUUCAGUCAGCCGCCGGCACCCCCCUCCACCACCUGCAGCAGCUCCAGCCAAUCAGCAUGGGUGACCUUCGGACCGACACACUCAUCCAGUGCCAGCAGAUUGUCAAGGUGAUUGUCCUGGACAACAGCGGCCAUGGCCGCGUGGAGGCCUUCCUCAGCCACACCCCCACCCACGCCCAUCAUCAUCACCAUGCCCACCACCACCAGGUCGUCCGAUCGGCCGCCUCCACUCCUGUGAGGUCGCCAGAGAGCAAGGACGGUCACCAGCCCCCCUUACCCCCUCCUCCUCCCCCCUACAACCACCCCCACCAGUACAUCCCCCCGGCGGACCCCCGCCUCAGCCUCCAGAGGACCCCAAGUGGCUCUCGAAGCCUGCUGUAA